CGCUCCCGAGUCACCAGGAAAUAUGGCGGCGCUCAUGACGACCAGUCAGCUCUCAGGUGGAUACCCAGCCUAUGACAGCUACUACAGGAAGCUCGAUCCAGGAAACACAGGGAAAAUAUCAGCCGGCGAUGCAGCUCAGUUCCUUAAGAAGUCAGGGUUGUCAGACAGUACAUUGGGAAAGAUUUGGGAUUUGGCCGAUUCAGAAAGAAGAGGCUAUUUGGAUAAGAGGGGUUUCUUCAUAGCUCUGAGACUAGUGGCGUCAGCACAGGGUGGAAAUGACAUCAGCCUUCACAACCUCAACCAAAACCUAGCUGUACCCAAAUUUAUAGACACAAACAGUCCUUUAUUAAGUGUUUCGACCGCUGCACCUGACUCUCAGUGGGCCAUUAGGCCUGAGGAAAAAGGGAAGUUUGAGGGCAUUUUUGAGAGUCUAUCACCUGUAAAUGGACUCCUGCCGGGUGACAAAGUCAGGCCCAUUUUGCUAAACUCCAAGCUACCUCUGGAUGUGUUGGGAAAGAUUUGGGAUCUAAGUGAUUUUGACAAAGAUGGACUGUUGGACAAAGAAGAGUUUACAGUGGCUAUGCAUCUUGUGUAUCGUGCCAUGGAGAAGGAGCCUAUCCCAACAUCCUUACCAACUAACCUCAUCCCCCCAUCUAAAAGAAAGAAGACUGCAGGAGCACUUCCAGGUGCUGUGGCUGUUCUACCUGCUCUGUCUGGGCUGAUGGCUGGCCCUGCUCCUCUUAAAGAUUCCCUGCGAAGCACUCCUCCUCUGGGCAGCAGUGCCCUCCAUAGCAACAAUACUGUCAACCUGUCACCAAAACACUCCUUUAAAUCCAGCACACCGCCUGUUGUGAACUGGGUGGUACCGCUGGCCGACAGGGAAAGAUACGAUGAGAUCUUUAAGAAAACUGACUCUGAUAAUGACGGCCUGGUUACUGGGACUGAGGUGAUUGAGAUCUUCAUGCUGUCCACUCUCUCGCAGACCAUGCUGGCACAGAUAUGGGGACUUGCUGACACUAAACAGACGGGCAAGCUGAACCGGGAGCAGUUCUCCCUGGCCAUGUAUCUGAUCCAGCAAAAGGCCACUAAAGGUGUAGACCCUCCCUCCAGCCUAACCCCUGACAUGAUUCCCCCCUCAGAGAGGCCUGCAGCUUCAGCAGCGGGUCAAAGCUAUGUGGGGUUUAUGCCAGCUGUGAGACCUGACCUUGCCUCACUCACUCAUAUGCGCAGAGACAGCAACAGCUCCACAGGGUCUGCUGAGCUGACAGGCUUCAAAGAGCUGGAUGACCUCAGCCAGGAAAUAGCUCAGCUGCAGAGAGAGAAAUUCAUUUUGGAGCAAGAGAUCCGGGAAAAGGAGGACACCAUGAGACAACAAAACAGUGAAGUUCAGGACAUGCAGAAUGGCCUGGACAGGGAGAGCAGCAGCCUGCAGGACCUGGAGUCACAGAAACAGGAUGCCCAGGAGCGUCUGGAGGAGAUGGACCAGCAACGCUCCAAGCUGGAGGGGAUGCUCAAUGACGUCAAGCAGAAGUGCCAGGAAGAGUCCCAGCUGAUCUCGUCACUGCACAGCCAAAUCCACUCUCAAGAGACGGAUCUCCGGAGUCAGGAGGAUGAACUGAGCCGCACUAAGAUGGACCUGAGCAGGCUGCAGGAGGAGGAGGCCCAGCUGGAGCAGAGCCUGCUGACUGGUCGAGUGCAGCUGGACAGCAUCAUCAAGUCCCUCAAAACCACUCAGGAAGAGAUCAACCAGGCCCGCAGCAAGCUGUCCCUGAUCCAGGACAGCCAAAAGGAGAUGACCAAGACCAUCGAGCAAUACAACGGCGCUUUGAGCGACAUAAACGGUGGAAAUGUCAGCAACCUGCCCGACUUAAGUGAAGGGUUCGCUGAGAGGCAGAACGGAGGUUUCAGAAGUGUGGAUGACUCUUUUAAGUCAAAGUUAGCCAUGUUCAACAACAGCAGCAGCGCUAAGCAGCCUCCAGUAGACCCCUUCCAGACAGAGGACCCCUUCAAGGCCGACCCCUUUAAAGAUCCGUUCGGAGAUCCUUUCAAAGAAAGCGAUCCCUUCAAAGGCACCUCAUCCGAUGAUUUUUUUAAGAGUACAGACAAGUCAAACGUAUUUGGAUCCUCUGAAGCAUUUGGUAGAAAACCGACGCCGCCAGCAAAGCCAAGUGCCUUCAGCAGCAGUGACGCUUUCACAUCAAACAGCCCCAAACCAAAGGACUCAGAUGUGUUCGGGACAACAGACCCCUUUGGAAGCAACUCCUUUGGAAGUAAGGGGGGCGGAUUUGCUGACUUCAGUCAGAUGUCAAAGAAGUCAGACAACCCUGUUCUCCCAUCAAAGAAAAAUGUGCCUAAUCGGCCCGCACCUCCCUAUGGAUCUGACUAUGACGAGUUUGGAAAUGAGAGCCAGCAGCUGGAAUGGGCCAAGCGGGAGAGUGAGCGUGUGGAGCAGGAGAGGCUGAGGAGGCUGCGUCUCCAGGAGCAGCAGGACCUGGAGCUGGCCAUGGCUCUCAGCAGGGCCGACAUGCCCAGCUCCUGACCAGGCAACCCACCCUCCACCCCCCCCC